UAUGUCAGCUUGAGCUGAGCCCGGGAGGGCACCUGAAGGAAGCAUUUGUUUUUGUCUUCUUCCCAAGGACUGGGGGCCAGAGUCCAGCAAGCGCUGGGAUGUGUGUGUAUGUUGUUCUGAACUAAGCUGCCUCAAACCCUGUCGCAACCUGCUCGUGACCUCAGCCGCGUAAAUCCUCCCUGGAAACCCAUUCACUCUUGCUGUUUAAUUCCAAAUACUCCUUUGGAACUGGUUCACCUUAAUUCCCCAGACGUCUUUGGGGGAGAUCACGUCAACCGCGCCAUCGUUUUGGGGAACUCUGCCCAGUGUGCCAGCUGCUGGAGGCCACCACUGUGGGGGUGUAUGGCCCCUUUCGCUGUAAAGUAUCUGGAGGCAAAAUCAGUAGGUGAGCAAGGUGAUCCCUUGUGGCAUUCUGAGAAAAUGAAAAAAAAGAAAAUUCUUGCCAGCGGAACAAUUGAUUCCUUUCAAGAUACCUCGAAAGGUGUCGGUGUCAACUUUGAAGAGCGGGGAGCUGGUGAAAGAGUCCCCGCAUGGGGGCUAGCUGGCAUCUUGGAGACAACGCAGGUCAAGGAACUGAGAUCUGAAUCCUGAUCUCCAUUCUGCCGGGGGCAAGCUGUACGAGUCGCUCGAUUGCUCUGGGUGUCAGUUUUCCUAGCUACAAAAUAAUGGGAUUGGCCUACUGCUGGACUGUUAAAAUUUAAAAAUUGGGAGACUUGACAUCUAAACUCAGGUUUCCAGCUUUAAAAAAAAGGUGGGGGGGGGGGGACUGGAUUCUCUAACGCGGUGGCGUUCCCUGCCUUGGCCCCACUGAGAAUCAAGUUUACUGUGCUGGCUUCAGGCCUUCCUGUCUUUGUCUUUAAUCGUGACCAACUUAUUAUUCUCUCUCUUUUUGUUUCUUUAUUAUUGGUAAGACUAUAUCUGGCUUGUCUUUGUGUUCGGGAUAGUAGGUGCUCAUGAAAUAUUUGUUGAAAUGUGUGGGUUUUUUUCAUUCCUGUCCUUGUCUGUCACAAAUGAAAAAGGAUACUCAAGCUUGGGAAGUGCUUACCUAUGAAAGCUUGUGUUUCCUUCCCCAGAUUUCCUUUCUAGGCUCCAGUGUCCAUGUUCUUUAGAGGAAGAAAAUGGAGAGCCUUAUUUUUCAGUUGACCGCAUAUUAGCCUUGCCUUGUAAACUGGAAAAGGCGAGCUAACCUUUCCGCCUCAGUCUUGUCUCAACUGCCGUUCUUCCCUCAUAGUCGUCAGCUUGCAUGUAUAAUGUUAACUUCUGAGUGUUUACAGUGAGCCCCUGAGCCCCACAGAAGCACGUAUUUUAUUCUUCUUUACCCUCUAUGCUUCCUCUUCUCAGAUCCUGGCACACACCCAGACCUCCUAAUGUUUGGUUGUUGAAUGAAAUUGAGUUGACCUCAUGAGCUCCGUGAAGUGAUCAGAUCCCGAGAGCCUCUUCGGUUUUCUCAGUCUCUGUGCAGUGCUCUUUACACCUGGCUACGUGUCAUGAAGAGAAAUUUCCUUUCCCUUGAUCCCGUUUUCUUAUGAAAAAGCGUUUCAUCCAUGGGAGGGUGAAGCUCCUUUUGAACAAACAGCACAAGUUAAUCUGGAGCACGCUUCCCCACACGGAGAGCUCUUGUCUGCCGGGCAGUAGCUUUUGUCCGCUGUGUCCCCCACCAGGGUUUUAGAGGGUACGUGUCAGAAAUGUGAUUGCUCACGUAAUGGUCAGUCUCAGCCACCACUUGCGUCUAGACUUUUCAGUUUAUCAUCUGGUAGGCCCUGUGGAAUCGCUCUGGAUGGCAUUUAUGGGCCACACCCUAACAAUUUGCACUCCAAGAAACUCGAUGCUUAAAGUGGGGCUUAGAGAUGAGUAACUGAGAUGUGUUGCUCUUCCCCACAGUUUUGCUUGAGUUGUACCAGAGGAGGGGAUUUUUCUGGUGAUUACAUAGUGGUUUGCAGGCCAGGCUGAUGGUGAUGAUCUGAUGAAAUAAUUACUGCUAGCUGCAUCUGAAUCGUCAGUGCUUUGAGUCGUGUGGGCACUAAGAAAACUUUGCUAAGCGAAGAUAAGGGCUUGAGCUUGCAUCCUGUUUGCGCUAAUAUUUACCGUUGCCUAAGUUCAGAUUCUCAAGACUCUGUGUCUGCAUUGGUGUCCAGUGUGAGCACUGAGAAAGUGGUCUCAUUCUUCCCGUGGAGCCUUUUGCAUAGUCCACACUUGACCCUUGACAUCUUCUUGCUUGUGGGAGUGUCUGUGCCUCAGCUGGCUUUUGUCUCCUAAGCGUUGUGAAGUUUGGUCCUUAAAACAAACGCUCUGUGCUAUGCAGCAGACACCUGUCCCCUGCCGUGUCUGUAGGCUCUACUGACCGGCACACAGACCCAGGAUUCCUGGCCCACGCGGCCGAGGUCCACAUUCCUGUGGACAGUAAUACUUAGGUGGACUCCAGUUCAGUCAUCUGGGAAGGGAAUUUUUCUGGUUUCUGAAAAAUAGGAAGCCUGUUCUGCCCGGUGGCCUAGAAGCCACAUGUCACUCCAUCAUUCAGAGAUGUGGUUGUGGUUGUUGUUUUAAUUUAUUUAUUUGGAGAGAGAGAAUCCCAGGCAGGCUCCGAGCAGUCAGCAAAGAGCCCAAUGUGGGGCUUGAUCCCACGAACCGUGAGACUAUGACCUGAGCCGAAAUCCAGAGUUGGAGGCUCACCUGACCGAGCCCCCCAGGGGCCCUGGAGAUGUUUACCUUGUAUGUGCCUGGCACUGUGCUUGCAGUGGGAUACAGCAGGGAGGAAGAGAGGCAGGUCUUGGACUUUGAGGAACUUACAUGCCAUCGGGGCUAGUCAGUGAACAAGUAAACACGAUGACCUCACAAGCUGGUAAGGGCCUGAGAAACAAAGCCUCAUCCUGUGAGAGACUGAGUGUUCCUCAUGCCCGGGCCCGGCAAGAAGCUGUUGAUGAAGGGAAGCCGUGGGUGAUGGUCACCUCUUAACCUCUGCGUGUGGCAGACGUGAGUGUUGCUUAAAACAGGCAGUGUAGGAGGUCAGGCCCUGGAAUCAAGCUUCUUGCCCAGCGGGCAGCCCCACACGGGGCUUGAACUCAUGACCCUGAGAUCAAGACCUGAGCUGAGAUCACCUGAGAUCCUCAACUAACUGAGCCACCCAGGUGCCCCUAAGAUACAUGUGUUUGUGUGGGCUAAGUUUGUGGUUUUAAGAAAGCCUGAGGGCCGGAAGGCAGCCCCGGAAGAAGCCCCUGCCCGUGGGCUGUUGGAACCUUGUGGUGCAGAGGAGAAGCCGUCCCCUCCUCCGGACUUAUGACCCGUGGCUUCGCGCCCAGUGUGCCCACCGCGUUCCACGAGAUGGGCUCCUUCCGCAGGCCCCGGCCACGCUUCAUGAGCUCCCCGGUGCUCAGCGAUCUGCCGCGCUUCCAAGCCACGCGGCAGGCCCUGCAGCUGAGCUCCAGCUCGGCCUGGAACAGUGUGCAGACUGCCGUGAUCAACGUCUUCAAAGGGGGUGGCUUGCAAAGCAACGAACUCUAUGCACUGAACGAAAACAUCAGGAGGCUGCUGAAGAGUGAACUUGGAUCAUUCAUUACAGACUAUUUCCAGAAUCAGCUUCUUGCCAAAGGCCUGUUGUUUGUGGAGGAGAAGAUUAAGCUGUGUGAAGGUGAAAAUCGCAUUGAGGUUCUGGCUGAAGUGUGGGACCACUUCUUCACUGAGACUCUCCCCACCCUGCAGGCAAUAUUUUAUCCAGUUCAGGGCCAGGAGCUGACCAUCCGCCAGAUUUCUCUGCUGGGCUUCCGCGACCUGGUCCUGCUGAAGGUGAAGCCGGGCGACUUGCUGCUGGCCCGGUCCCAGCCGCCCUCAUCCAUUGUCCAGAUGUUGCUCGUCCUGCAGAGUGUUCACGAGCCCACAGGCCCAAGUGAGGGUUAUUUGCAGCUGGAGGAACUGGUGAAGCAAGUGGUGUCUCCAUUCCUCGGCAUCAGUGAGGACCGCGGUGUCUCGGGUCCCGCGUUUAUGUUGGCGAGACGCCACUCCAGGGUCCGGCCCAAGGUGGCUGUCCUGAACUACACCUCCCCCACGACCACCGUCAGCCGGCCGCCGAAUGAGACGGCUCUGACCCCUCUGACGGAGCAAGAGGGGGAGGCCUACCUGGAGAAGUGUGGCAGCGUCCGAAGGCACACGGUGGCCAACGCCCACUCAGACAUCCAGCUGCUGGCCAUGACCACCAUGAUGCACUCGGGCUUAGGCGAGGAGCCUGGCGGUGAGGACAAGUGCCUGCUCCUGCCGCCCAGCUUCUCCCCACCCCACCGACAGUGCUCCAGUGAGCCCAACAUCACCGACAGCCCUGAUGAGCUGGAGGAGGUGACAGGGGGCAGCCAGGGGGACUCUGAGCUGAACUGUGCUUCCCUCGGCUGAAUGCCCGCCUCUGGGACUUCCCAGCUCCGGCCUGGUCACCAACACCAGGACCGCCCCAUCCCCAGGGGCUCACCAAGGGGCUCUUCCUGCGGGUGACACUGCCCGUGUCAGGCCUAGCCCAAGUGCCCUAGUGGAAAUCCCGGGUGUGAACCUCUCUGUUUUUGUGACUGUGACCAUCUCUUUGCAGCCACACAGACCCAACUGCCUAAUGUUCCCUUUCUGCUUGCCUGACUCCAGACCCCCCCUCUCUGGGCUUUUCCCCCAGAGAGUGGACUGUCCGACGCUCCCAACGAUGUGGCCCAGGCCCCCUCUGGCGUUAUGAUAGCAGGAGGUCGGCUGAGCCACACACAAAGCCAGCAAGGAUGCGUCAGCCUCUGGAGUUCCCCGUUAGGUUCUUGCGAUGCGGGGCUCACAGGUGACAACAGGUAGUGGAGGGGUGUCCUUCCCGCCUAUCCUGUGGGGAGUGGAAGGAGGCAGCAGCCCGACCAAGCACGACUCUGGGAGUGUACCUUGCUUAUUUUAGUUUCACAAUUACUGGAAAGAGUUGCCCCCCUCACGCGGGUGAGGGCCAUUCUCACCCGGAUCCAGAUCCUACCUGCCACCUUUGCCUUUUGGCCCAGGAGGGCUACGGGGCUGGGGAAGUCCCCUCUUUGACAAAGCCUCAGCAUUUCCCUCUCAGGCCUCCCCACCAAGCUCAAGGAACUAACCUCCUGGGUGGAGUAGCUGGUGCCUUCAUUCCUCUUUCAUUUCAGACACUGACCAUUUUCCUGUUGUGGGUGAGGGGCCAGCUGAUAACCAACCAAUUAGUCUGUUCCUGGAUUUGACUUGAAUUUUGUAAAUAUGCAUCGUUUCAAAAGGAAGUGUUUGCAAAUAUUUGCACGUAGGAUCUUGCACUGCUCAUUUCCAGUGGGGUGUGUCCUCAAACUAGAAAAUAGCCCCCCUAGGAAAGGAGCCUGGAAGUUGUUCAGGGCGCAGGGGAUCCGUGGUGGGCAGGGCUCAUCAGCUGCUGAGUGCCGGAAGCCACUGGACUUGAAUCCAGAACGGCCUGUGUUUGUGAGUGUCACGGUUGACAGCACUGAGGCUGGGAGCCUCACUUUGCCUCGUGAGCAGAGGGUGGCAGCAAAUGGAAUGUCUCAAUGCUUCACCAUAGAGGGAGAUGGGGGAAAUGUGGGCAGGACCUUUUGGAGAGAUGUUCAUUCCCUGUGAUUAAAGAAAUGCCAGAAGUGCCUGGAAUUUCUAACAUCUGAGCUCUCAAAAUGCUAUUUGGGGCAGCAGGCUUUGGUACUGUGCUGAAUCCUUAACACUGCUCCCCCAGGUCUGGGCUUUUGAUCCACCUAGAACCCCUGUUCUUCUCUUUGUAUCUGCCUGUUGGCCUCACUGAUAGCACAUCCAGAAAAGCGAGGAGGAUCCCCUGAACCCUUCUGGCACCUUUUAGGUGUGCUGUUGGUCUUUGGAAACUGUUUAUGAAAUCUCAGAGACAGGAGCCAGCUUGGCCUCCAAUAUGGCAGGAGGAGGCUGGGAGAGGACAAGGACAGUGUAAGCUGCCAGCAGGGGAAGAGGCCUUCUAAGCACAUCGAAGCCUUGAUGGCACAUCCCUUCUAGGUGAAGACCUGGAACGUGACCAGAGUCAUGCUUUUUUGAUGGCUUCUGAUUUGGAAACUUUAAGAAGUUGUCUCAUUUUUAUUCUUCUAAGAGAGGGUGGAAGAGAAGUGUCCAAAGGAGGUCUUCUGAGAAUUUCAAACAAAAAAUUAUCUCUGUGUAUGUGUUGGAUAAAGUCCACAAAUUGACUAACGUGUGUUAGCAAAUAGGACGUCAGUAAGUAACAACAUGAUGAUUUAUUUAACUGAUGGUGUGUGUCCUUACUGGUACACUUGGCACUUGGGACUAGUAUUUAUUGAUCCAGGCAAGGUAAUUAAUCAGGCUUGGGUUUGCUUUUUAGUUUACAACGUUCAAGAUCUAUAUGCUUUUAAAUGCCUUGUCCGUAUACUAAAUGCCCCUGAUGAGGACAACAGUCAUCGGUUAAACAUGUCAGCUCUUAGGAUGAGAAUGGGAGUGUCAGUCCAGACCCACUGUACUUACUUGCUGAUGACUGUUAGCCAGUUUACAACUUCACCUUUGAUGUACCUGCCUGAUCUCGUACUGUAAAUAUUUCAGACUACACACACCAUUUUGUUGAUGCUUAUGGGCAUUUUAGCCAUCUGAGCUACGGCAAGAGUGAUGGCUGUGUUUGCAACCACUUUUUUGCCCCUUUAGAAGAUGAAGCUAGAAUCUUCCAGUGGCUGAGUUCUAAUGACAGGAAGCUAACACGACUCGGAGCUCUGAGUGAGCUCACAAACCAAAAACCUUUCAUGUUGCCUGUUUCCAAAAUAGAUUCAAUAAACGUCAUUUUGUACACGUC